GCCACCAACACAACUUUGAACCGGUGAAUUUGAAUGUAAAGCGAAGACAUAUCAAGAUUGGUAUCAUACUUUUGGAAGAUUCGCUCAUCGCCCCCCCCCCCUCGUCGAAAACAGAACGAAGGUGCGGGAGGCGGCGUUUGUUGUCGUGUAUCUUUAAACAUUUUAAUUAAAGCCAUGGUUUGAUCACAGUAAAGCCGUUCUGCAGGUAUGUUUUUUGAGUCUUCCCUGUGUCUUAAGAUGUAUAAAAUGGUCAUCUUUUUUCAAUUUUACGAUGUUAAUGUUUUGCUGUACCUUUCGAUAAACAUUAGUGUCAGUUCUAUAUUUUGGUUGAAGGAAGUUGCCAUCAAAUAAAAAUGGACAACCAUAAUUUUGAGUACAGUGACAUCCCAGGAUUUCAUAUAAAUAUUCCGAAGAACAAUCAUAGUGUACCAGCGGCCUUCCAAGAUGAUACCGAAGUUGCUGAAAGCUUUUCGGAACCUCACUUUCAGAAUUCUUCUGAGCACUAUUUUCAAGACAAUGCUACUCACUCUCAAAGUGAUCAAAAGCUUGAUGAGCCAUCAAUCUAUGACAUUCGCAUGAAUGAAAAUAAUGUGUAUGAAAAUACCCAUUGUAGUCAGGACACGUCUGAUCAGAACAGAACGUCAUAUUGCCCUGAGAUUCAAAAUCAAAGUCUUGAUAAUGCUCCUCUGCUGUCAUUUUCUGAAAAUCUUCAGCAGAACCCUCAUGAAGAGACUUAUAUUAACAGUGUCUCCCCAAGUCAAGGAUUUUCUAGUCAAUUUCUACCCGAACAAUUCUCAAACCAAAAUGUAUUUCCUGAUAACAUUCAGCCAUCAGGUGAUGUGAAUACAAAUGCACAACAACCUGAGAAUAUAAGUGCUGACAAUCCAUCAGAAUUUCUAGCUCCUAAAAAGAAUGAUGCUUACUUUCCUAAUGCCAGUGUCAACCCAGAGGCAGAUGCAAGUAUGUAUUCUACUCCUAAUGAAGAUCUUAAUAUGACAGGUUCAUAUUCAGAACCACCAUUAGAAACAGAGAUGGAGUAUCCUGAGGUUGGCAUAACUAGAAAUACAUCCUCUGGGACAGAAUCAUCUUUUGGGUGUGUAAGCCCGUAUCUUCCACCUGUAGAUGAUCCUAUAGGGAGCUUUGAUAAUGGAGAACACAGUACAGGCACAGCACUGCAUGAAGUUGAAAAUUCUGUUGAUUACAACAUAAACAAUACUCCUGUUGAAGAAUUAAAUCUGUAUCAUUCUGAAGCCGCACUUCCUCAGCUCCAAAAUCAAGAAGACCCAACAGUUUCAACUUCCAACUUUGUUAAUCAAGAAUCUGACCCAGAAAGUUCAACAAAUCAUAAUAGAGAACAGGAUGUCUCAGAUAAUGAGGUCCUCUUUGAUAGUUUGCAAUCAGUUGAUGUUUCAAAUACUCCCAUCAGAAACCCAGAAGAAAAAGAUCUGCUCUGCGGCAGUGAUGUUGACACACCACAAAUUUCAUCCGCUGAUGUAGAUUCUUCUCUUGGAUGUGCAAGCCCUCUCCUCCCACCUAUAGAUGAUGAUAUUGAACAUGAGGUCACAGGCACUCCACCUCAGAACAUAGGUGAAAGAGAACUGCAUCACAGUACCGAAGAGAAAUCUGCAGCAGUAGAAGAAACAGAAUCCCUCGAACCUGCAGAUAUUGAUAUUGGACGUGAGAUCACGGCCACUCCUCCUCAGAACAUAGGUGAUAAAGAUACGCUUCACAGUAAUGAAGAAAAAGCUAUCUGUGAAACUGUGUCCUUUGGAGAUGCGGUAGAAACCCCCCCACCUAUAAAUAAUGACACUGGAGCUGGCGUCACAGAUGCACCAUCUCUAAAUGUGGGAGAAAGAGAUCCACUUUCUAGUAGUGAAGAGAAAGGUAACCCUCUAGCAGUAGAUGAAACAUUAGAAUGUAUUACAAAUAGUUUAGAGGAAGGAAUUGAAGCCUCUAAAGAAAAAGAAAAGAAUUCCCCAAGUGCUGAAAAAGUUAGAGCUCUUUCACCGAUGAUAACUCUUUUAGAUGGUGACUUUGGAGAAGGGAUUGAGACAUUUUCAUCCGCAGAUAAUAAUGAAGAUAGUGAAAAGAAAUUUAAGACUGAUGUUGAAGAAAACAGAAUAGUUACUAGAGCAAAAACAGGCGCAAUUCCAAAUAAGACCCCACGCUUUAUAGAAGAAUUUGGUGAUUCAGAUGAUUCAUCUAAACAUUCAGUUCAGAUGGACGAGUGGGAGUAUGAGGAUGGUGCAGAAAUUGCCCCCUGCAAGCCAGAUCCUACUGUAACUGUGCACCAGGAUGUUUUGAGGGUUACUGAUGAAGAACUUGCAUUUUACAAAGAGAUGUUUCAAUCUAAUGGAAUUGAGGGUGUGCUCAAACUACGUUUACACUGUACUUCAUGUGGUAGGCACAUUGGAGCAGCCCCCAACUACAUUCAUUUAGGAAAUCGUCACAAAGUUCUCCGUGUAUUAACUUGUAAUCGUUGUCGCUCCUUUUAUGGUAUUGGACAGUUCACCAAAGAUUCUGAUGGUUCAGAAUUAUACUGUCGAUGGUGCGGCCAAGGAGGGCAAGUCAUUUGCUGUAGUAGCUGCCCAAAUGUAUUUUGUCAGCCCUGUAUUCGAAGAAAUUUUGGCAAUGUCCAAUUAAAUACCAUAACUGCCCUGAAUGAAUGGGCGUGCUUUUUGUGCAACUAUAAGGAGCUAUGGCCAUUACGCGCUAUUUGCUGGGCUCUACUCAGCUACACUAUGAAGGAGAAGAAGGAUGCCCUUACCUCUAAUGACCUUAGGAAAAAUGAACGUUUGGAGGAGGAUAGAAGUAAAUGCUGUGGUAAAAAGCAAAGAAAAAGAAAACAUCCAGCCAGAACUAGAGCAUCUGGUUCCAAGGUCAAUAAUAAUCUCCAGGUCAAUGCUACUGUUCAAGAAGUUGACAAUCCUGAUGCAUCUGCUUCUGCUUUUGAUGAAAGUAUCGAUUUUGGUGAUCAUUUCCUCUUUGGAGGUGAAAACUUUGAAAAUUCACCAGACAUUUCAAAUGUGGAAGGCCACCAAGAAAAUGCCUCAGAAGAGGAUGAUUAUCUAGAUCUAUCCCAGUUUGUACAGCCUAUUCUGGAGGAGAAAAGUCCUAGCCAUCCAAGAAAUGCACCUGUCGCCACAUCAUCAAGACCUACCCCUCAGCUGGCUCCUAUAAAUCGGAAUUACCGCCCAUUAGCACCCAAACCAAUAGUAAAACCGAAAACAAAAGCAAAAACGUUUCAACCUCCUGGCACUGUUGCACAGCAAGUUAUGACCUCAGCUGGACCAAGAAUCUUAAUUAGACAAGGAAACCUUCUGCAGCCAGGGUUGGAACCUAUUAAUUCUCAGCCGAAUAGAAUUAAUGUGCCUGUUCAGUCAGCUACCGUUUCUAGGCCAAUAUUUACAAGCAAUAGUCAAGGCCAACCACAACUAAAAUCAAGGAAUCCUUCUAACUUCCUGAGUAAUAUGGAUGGCGUCCGUUCCAUGGAACAAUUGCAGUCUCUUAAUCAAGUACCUUGGUUUCGAGAUGGGAUUGACAGUAUCCGAGCUGUGGGAUUUGCAUUAAAUAAAAGGAUAAGGGACCUUGAAGCUCGAUUCCACAGUCUGAAAAAUAAGCAAGAUGUUGAGAAAGUUAUGGUUCUUGGAAAGAAACUUGACAGACUAAGCAAAAAGACAGAUCAGCGUUUCAAACAGAUAACUUCAACUAUACAAUCACAAUGUAGAAGUUGGGCUUACAAAAAUGGUGGUGAUCCUUUCAACUCUUAUAAUGAAGCUCCAAGUGAUUGGGAUGAUGACAUGGAGUUGUCAAAGCCCCUGGAAAAAGUAAUGAUUCCUGUGAACGCUUCAGCUCUUCAAAGUUCUGGAAUCAGGCCUGGACUCUUAUUAAGGCCUUGUGCUCCCCCUCCUCUUGUGAGGGUAAACAGUCCACUACCAUUCCAAGGAAGAUUUCCUCAAGUAUCAAUGCAGCCAAGACCGAGAGCUCCAGGACCCGUCUUUGUGAGAGGGCAAGUUCUCCCUGUGCGAACAGUCUUCCGUGGUGGUAAUCAGCAUCCUGCACCAAGAUCCAGGUUCCCCUUACAUAAUCCAGCCUACCGCUUUAAACAGAUUCAAAGCAACCCAAGGCCUGUUGUACCCCUUGUUGCUCAGAAUGAUGUUCUAAGGGUUGGUGCUUUCAUCAAUCAAAGGAAUGGUCCAAACUCUGUCUCUAUAAGUCUGACUCCAAGUAAACGGCCAAGACUUGAUUCGGAUAGCGAUAGUGAUAGUGAUAUUGUCGUUUGUCCAACUGUACCAGAACUUUUGAAGAUGCAUAAUGUGAAACCUUGUCGAGUGCGCUUAGAGAAAUGUGAUGAUUUUAUUGUAUCAUUUUUGGAGAAACAGCAGCAAAUCAGGAGCGAAAGUGAAAACACAAUUGCUGUGCCUCAAAGUUGCAUCAUUGAAGAGGAAGUUAUCUCCUCUGGCAACCCUUUUAUCUCUGAAGUGGAGACUACCUUAUUAGUUAGUAAUAUUAAUGAAAGUAUAGAAAAUGAUAACAUAGUUAGUUUGAACGACACUACCAAUUCAACAAAUCAAGCUGCUAAGGCUGACAGUGAUGAUGAUAUUGAAAUCAUCAGUGAGGUGACUACAUGAGAUUGUUUAACUGUAUGUAAUUGACCUUGUUAACCCACGAUGGGAUGGGUUUUCUUUUGAAUAUAUAUUUUUUUUCCAUUUGCUGGUUUUCAUAAUGUUUUUCCUCUAACAGUUUUACAUAGAUUGGCCUUAAUGAGUACUGUUGUCAUUUUUCUUUUUAAUAUCUAUUCUUAUCAAUGCAAGUUAUCCCACUUGCCACCACCCUUUAUAUUGGUUGUGAUUGGUUGCAGCCCUUUUUAUUAUCUUUUGUUCCAGCUAUUGUUCCUAGCUAGAUGAUUGGCACUGAACUCACCUCUGUCUUUGCCCGUACUAAACUACCCCAGUAAACACGUAACACUCACUUUAAGUCAUUUGACUGUCAAAGUGAGUCUCUUUCCGUCUAAGUUUUAUCUAGUCAGUCAAAAUUUAGAGAGACGGGGACUUUGAUAGCCAAAAACAGUCAAAUGACUGAAAGUUAGUGUUAUGUGUUCAUUGGGACAGUUUAGGAACUCAGUGCCAUUUAUUUCUUUACUGAUUUUCUAUUAUGAAAUAAUGUUGGCUAACAUUUGCCUAAAGUGAUACUGAAUAUUUGAGUUUUUGUUCACUUUUGUUUCUCUAUCUAUAAUGAUAAUGAUUAAAAGAAGUUAGUGAAAUAGCCUUCUUUCUUUUCCUCAUAAACUGCAAUAAAGUUAUAUUUCACAUGAA